AAUCACCGUAAGUGCAAGGCCCACCUCGACGCAGAAUCAUAGCAUUCUAGCUCCCUGCCUCUCUAUAAAAACCAUCUUGAGCUCCCCUGUUUCUACUCUACACACUUUCACUCAGAACAAUCACUAGAUACAUAAUUCAGUCUGUCAUAGUUCUUUGGCCACAUCAAUUUCUACACUGAUACAGUACGCUUUUCUAGACUGCAAUAUCUCCCUAUUUUAAACUAUCAUUGUUUUGUACUAGUAACUCCAAACCAAUUUCUGAAAAUCUCCCUGUUCUUCAGAUAUCAUCGUUUGUAUAUUUUUUUUUUCCGGGGAAGCUAGAUAUUUGGAAGAUAAUUUAAAGGGGAGGAGUGGGGGAUUGUUAAAUUUAUAAUACCACUGGAUUUUUUCAGUACAAUGAUUCUGUCGAACAAAGGUUGCAAUGUAUUGAAAUCCUUUGCAAUUCUUGAAAAGAAGUUUUGUGUUGGCAAAAGUUUCUAUUUUUGGAUCUUUCAAAUUUUCAGCAGGUAUAGUCUCGGCACUUAGGAAAGGUCAGUGGUACAUUCGGAAACUUGUUUAUACAUUCCUUUCUUCUGCCCUUUCUUCUUUACUAGAUAUAUAGUAGUUUUAGUCGAAAAGGAAGAUGGGAAGGGGAUCACUCCCACCCGGAUUUAGGUUUCACCCUACCGAUGAGGAAUUAGUUGGCUAUUACCUGAAACGCAAACUAGAGGGACUUGAAAUUGAGCUUGAAGUGAUUCCAGAGGUUAAUCUUUACAAGUUUGAUCCAUGGGAGUUACCAGAAAAGUCAUUUCUCCCAGACAGUGAUAUGGAGUGGUAUUUCUUUUGUCCCCGCGAUAGAAAAUAUCCAAACGGAUCAAGAACAAACCGAGCUACAAAGAUAGGAUACUGGAAAGCCACAGGAAAAGAUAGGAAAGUAGUAUGCCAUUCGUCUGUAACUGGAUACAGGAAAACACUAGUGUUUUAUACUGGAAGAGCUCCUGCAGGUGAUAGAACAGAAUGGGUGAUGCACGAAUAUCGUCUCUCUGAUGAUAUUACUGAAGGUGAAGGAUCUCAGAACUUCCAGGGACCUUUUGCAUUGUGCCGUAUUCUAAAGAAGAAUGAGCAGGCAAUGAAGAAGAAUAACACAGAUAGAUGCUCCAAAGCUAAACAAUUUCCAUGUAGUUCAAUGAAAGGGGAUGUUAAGUCAACUAGAACUUUGGAUGAGACUGUGAUCAUCUCUGGUGAUUUGCGAUUUCAGCAAAGUGGUAUGGCUACUCAGUGUAAUUAUUCAAGUACUCUUACUCUUCCAAUAACACCAAUGGUGGAAGGAGAUAUAUUAGCUGCUCCACAAAUGGCUGAUUCUUCAAGUCUUUGGGUCUCUCCUUAUUUUAUCCUUGAUUCAUCUAAGGAAUUUUCUUCAGGCCAAGAAGUAGUUCAUAUAAAGUCCCUACAGAAUGAGUUUCCAAAACCGGAGUUGCCAUCUCAAGCAUAUGAGCAAAUCGAUCUAUCUUCAAGUUCAUCGUACUCAACUUUUACAGGGGAAAUUGAACUUACUAAAAAUUUUCUAAUAGAAAACAGCAUGUCAUCACCUUACUCAGGACACGGAGACUACAUGGAUUUUUUUGUAGAUGGGAACAUGUCACACGAAGGGAUGGAAGUACUGGACACAGCUCCCAUUUGCAGACAGAUCAGCGGUGAUGGGAGUUUUGGAGAUUUCAGUGGUCUGUGGACACCCGAAGACAACUAUGUUGUUGUGAUAUAAGACAUAGUUCUUUAGAAUAAAACAGUUUGGAAAGUCCGCAGACUAGGGGUUUAGUUUUGAAGGCAUGAAGCAGUUGUUAUAUGUGGUUACCUAAGCAUUAUUGCACAAGCUUUCUAACUACUACAAUGAAAGUCUUCUUGUCAUCAUUAAACUUUCCAAGAACAACUUCAGCUUGUAUACAAUGUAGUAUAAAUUGUAUGUUUCUAAUUCAAAAUUUUAA